CCGAGAGUGCAUUUAUCUCCUUGUAGCUGGAGCCGGGAGGCAGGCCACCCCUCCGGCAUAGGCUGGGACGCAGCUCUGAGACAGGACAGAAGUUUGCAGCACGACGACCGUAUUUUAAAGCCAGAAAAUGGGCUGAUGUAUAGAGAUCUCGGUGUGGGGCAAGCAAGCAGCACUCCACAGAGCCAACCCGUGGCCCAUCAGGGUCAUUUUGAUUUUCUUUGACUAAGUGACAGUUUAGUUGUAAGAAGGUGAACCCCCAGCUCAUUUCUAAACAAAUCCCCCUCCAGCUCUAACUUUAGCUGCGUUUCUCUGACUGUAGUUUCCAUUCCCUCCGAGAUGACACACAGGAAGCCAAAGGUCACCGCAGUGCGGAAGUUGCAGCGCAGCUCGUUACGACAGAGGCUGCAAGGCGCAUGCAGAGGCCCGUCCGUCCAAUAUUCAUGAAAAGCCAGCCACCCAGAUGAAAGUCCCCAAGUACCGCCUUUGGGAUGUGGCCCAGAAGUCUCUCUACCUGCGGAACAAUCAGCUGGUCGCCGGCUAUUUGCAAGGCCCCAACUCUGCCCUGGAAGAGAAGAUUUACUGUGUCACCAACCGCUUCUUCGAGCCAGGGAAGUUCCCCAUCAUCCUGGGCAUCCAGGAAGGGCGCCGCAGCCUGGCAUGUGGGACGGGCGACCUGCCCGUGCUGCAGCUGGAGGACGUGAACAUCACGGAGCUGUCCCGGGGUGGCGCGGAAACCACCCGCUUCACCUUCUUCCGCUCCUACAAGGAUGGCAUGUGGCGCUUCGAGUCGGCCGCUAACCCAGGCUGGCUGCUCUGUACCUCGGCCCAGUCCAACGAGCCCCUGGGCCUCACCCUCCACCCGGACGCAGCCCACAUCGUCGACUUCUACUUUCAGCUGUUCUGAGCCCAGCCGCCUGGGAGGUGUGCCCCGGCCCCUGGCUGCUGCCAGCCCAGCCUCGCACCCUGGCUGUGUAGGAGACCAGCUGGGUCGGGAAGGGCUGCACGACCUCUCCCCGACCCAGCCGCAACCAGCCAGGGUUGUGUUCCUAGGAUUCCUGGGUCCCAGCAGGAAGGCCCUGGGGCCUGAUCCUGCUGGGGAACUGAGCGCCCGCCCGGUGGGAGUGUUUCAGGGCACUCAGCCCCUUGUAGAGCCAGGCCGUGCACUUCAGCCAACGUGCCCCAAAGAAGGCCCCAAUUCUGGGGGCCUAUCUCCAGUGCCGUGGGGCCUGGCGUGGCUGUCCAGGACACCCAGCCUUUUCCAAAGGGGCCUGUGGGCAUCCAGCAGCAGGAUGGCCCAGCAGUUAGAGCACUAGCGGGGACUUGGGAAACCCUCCUCUGCCAGACCCCCUUGGGCAAGUCCCGGAGCUGCUCUGUGCCUCAGUUUUCCCCUCCGUACAAUGGGGCCAGCAGCCCGGCCCUGUAUCCCGGGGCGUGUGAGGGUAAAUCCAUUAGCCACCUGUCCAUGGACGAAUCCCAAAGCGUGGGGGUGUCUGGCCAUGUGCCACAUCAGCACCAUUCUGGCUGGGCUCGGUGUCUCCUGGCGGUUCUGCUCUGCAUGGCUACGGAAGGGCCAGGUGUCCCAGGAGGGGAUCUGGGUGCGCCCCCUUGCUGUGUGAAUAGUUUGUCCCACCAGAGAGCUCUGGACCCCCCAGCCCCAGCCUGGCUUUGAAUAAACAUGGAAAUUAGCUA